AUGGCAGAAGAUCCUAGUUCAUCGAAAACAUGGCAUCAUCGUUGUAACACGUGUGAAAUGACUUUUAUCUGUGCAGAUGAUCUUACGGAACACACAUACAUGCACACGGGAAAAAAAUCUUUCCAAUGCUCCGUGUGUUCGCAGACAUACCGCUCAAGAAGUUACCUAGCAGUUCACAUGCGAAGUCACACGGGAGAAAAACCCUACGUUUGCAAUGUGUGCCAAAAAGCUUUUAGGCAACGACAUACCCUUCAUUCUCACAUGCUUAUCCACACGGGUGAAAAACCCUACGUUUGCAAUGUGUGCCAAAAAGCUUUUAGGCAAGGACAUACCCUUCAUUCUCACAUGCUUAUCCACACGGGUGAAAAACCCCACGUUUGCAAUGUGUGCCAAAAAGCUUUUAGGCAAGGACGAACUCUUCAGUCUCACAUGCUUAUCCACACGGGUGAAAAAUCCCAUGUUUGCAAGGUGUGCCAUGAAGCUUUUAGACGCCACAAUCUACUCAAGAAACACAUGUUGGCCCAUACGAAUGAAAAUUCCCUUGUUUGCAAGGUGUGCCAUGAAGCUUUCAGGGAUUAUGGUGCCAUUUCGAUACACGACUGCCCACAAAUACACAAGGGACCGAAGCCUUCCGAGACCAGAUCAAUGAGUACCCCAACAUUCAGUGCAAAUGGUACUCUCACGUCGCAGGUGUGUGCCCAUAUCAACUCGAAAUGUCAGACAUCCUCCAGUCAAAACGAGGACCUCGUGCUUAAGGUGGACCCUAAACUCAAUUGGCCAUCGCAAACUUCAGUCAAAAAAAGGGGCCUUGCAGGGUCCACUCAACGAUGCAAAUCCAUCUGGUGUGAAACUAGUAUUGUCGAAAAUGAUGAUCUUGCUUGGCAGUCCUUCGACUGCGACGAGUGCCAAGGGACUUUUCCCGAUGAAAGCAGCCUUAGGCAUCACAAAUAUGUUUACCAUUUCUACCGAUGUUCGCUGUGUUCGGAAACUUUUAGAUUAAACUGGGAUCGCUCGACGCACAUGGCCCUUUGGCAUUGCUACCGAUGCCAUUUGUGCCAUAAAAUUUGCACCACAUCCUCUGAUCUUAAGAGACACGAAUGGGAAGCUCACGGACUUUGA